AUGGAUGAAGAAUUUGAUAUAGAUUUAGAAUAUCUUAGCAUGACUUAUCAUGGGAUAUCUGAUGAGUUGCUUGUAGACGUCUACAACAUAAACGGUGCGGACCUGGAUGCUGCUGUUGACAUGUUCAGCCAACUUGAGGUUGAAAAGCAUAAGAUUUUACAAGCUAAUGCCAAAACCGUGGGUUUAGAAAAUGGAGGGCAUGGAGCUAUUGAGGCUGGAAGUAACUGUAUCCCAUUUGCCAAUACCAACAAUCAUGCAGCUGUAGUUGAUAAGAAAACCAUUGAAAGUCAAGCUAAAGUUUUUACAAGGAAAUCAAAUGAAGCCAAGACAGUUUCACCAAACUUGAACCUCACUAACAUGGUAAAUGCAACAGACAAAGUGAAACUGCUAGACAUGGGAAAUAAGAAAAAACCAUCAAGGACUUCCUCAAGUUUCUUCGACAGAGGUUUAAUCAAAUGCCUACUGGGCAUCUGUCAUGACUUCAAGAUUCAUUGGGGGUGGGUAGGAGUAGGAGCAGGUUUACUAUACAGGGGCUGUGAUUUUCUGCUGUAG